UAUUUAUGAGUUAUGACAUAACCUAUUCAGUCUUCCACCAGAAUUAGCUUUGAAGUUAUUAUUAUUGCGUUUAUGGCUGCGCGUGAAAGUUCGAAUGAGCAGUGCAUUGUUUUGAAAGUAUUAUCAAAUUAAAAGAUAUUUUAUAUUCUUUCAAAUAUUAGUUGUUUGUAGAACAUAAAUAGUAUAUUCGACAUGAAAUGUGUCAUACCUGGCGGAAAUGUCAAAAUCUUGGCAAGAGCAAUACAUACGCUGGCAAAGAUUGGGGACGAGAUGUAUGUGAAUCCUCAAGAGGAAUCUAUCUCUUUUCGUACAGCCAACAUGGCACGAUCGGCAUAUUCUGACUUUACGUUCCACAAAAAUUUCUUCUCCUACUACGUUCUUGGAGAUCUCGAGGAAGAAGAGGCGCAGAAAUGUAAAAUUUCAAUGAGGAGCGCAAUGACAGUCUUCAAAUCCGCGCAUACGUUGGACAAACUAGUGGAGACUUGUCACAUUCACCUGGAGGUAGAGGCCUGCAAUCUAAUAUUUAUCUUAAAAUACAAAAAUGGUGUCAACAAGUCCCACCUCAUCCCUAUUUUGGAUUCUGAAAAGUUGCAAGCAUCUUUCACCAAGGCUGGUAUGUCCAACGAAUUGGUAUCACAAGCUCGGACAUUAAUGGACGCUCUGCACAAUUUUCCGCAAAGUUUAAUCGAGAUCACGCUCGAGAUAACGCCACACAAGUUGUUGUUCAGGAAUUAUGUGGACGACGCGUCAGUUAUGAUAAAUACUACACGUACCCAGCUGGCUCUUGGUAUCGGUGAAUUUGACCACUACACGAUUGGUAACGAAACAAAUGUCACGUUUUGUUUGAAAGAAGUCAGAGCUUUACUCGCUUUCAGUGAGAGCGUGGGCGUUCCAAUUACUACAAGUUUUGGAACAGCAGGAAGACCAAUAUUGUUUACGCUGAAGAGUCAAGCCUUUGAGAUAAACUUGCUGUUAGCAACGCUAAGUCCAGACGACUGUGAUAGUCAGUCAAACUCGACAAUUGCCAGUAGACAAGUACGAUCUCUUCGAAAAAAGAAUGCUUCCUCAAGGAGUACAUCCAAACGUGUUAAUAAAUCUUUGAGUCGAACAAAGAAAUCUGUUAAACCUGAAGUCAAUGAUGUGUUAAAAAAUAGGCCAGCAGAAGAGAGAAAUAAGUCUGACAGAACGCUCGAUCAGAACGGGAAUGCUUCUAUGAACGUCGUUUGCGCGAAAGCGAAUAAUUCUAUAAAUAGUGUUCAAGAAAGAAAUUUGCCUGAACGGGGUCGUCACUCUGUCGCGUUGAGUUCUGCCGGCACAUCUUUGGCGACUGAUAGAAGGAUUUCAGAGAACCAACGGAAACUCGUAAAUUCAGUAUUUUCCAACAUCACAAAGAGGAAGUCGACGAAUGACGAGAAUUAUAAAAAAGGAAAAGAAGAUGCAAUAGAUUGUAUUGAUCUGGAAGAAAGCGUGCCACAGUCACCGCCACGUCAAGUAGCCAAGAGAGCAAGAUUGGUGUUUCAGAAAUGUUUUCAGAAUACCUUCGAUCCGCGAAUGUUACCCGGUCAUGACACUAUCCUGGUAGAGGAUUCCGAUGAGAAUAACAGUGAUUAAAUAUUGCGACAUUUGGAAGAAUUUUUAUAAUGCUCUAAAUCAGAAAAAAAAGGUUUAUUUGGUCAGUUAUGGAGUAACAUACUGUAUAUUUCAUGACAGAUUUUUCGACAAAUUAAUCACGACAAUGUUUAAAAUAAGUUAUUUAAUUUAUUAUUUUCAAUAACGUAUUUCUUUUUUUUUAGAUCAGUUUGUUUUUUUCAUGAAAAGCGAUAUACGUAUACGAUAUAUAAUUCCGUAACUGAUCGAAGAUGAAGUUUUUAUACAAUUUUAUAUCGAGAUUUUUAAAUAGAGAGUCUUCAAAUUAUGUUAUGUUCUUUCAAUAUUACGUGAUUCAAUUAUGUAAGCUUUUAUUUCUCUUGGUUAACAGACCUAUUUUUCUAAGUUCAGUGUCAUACAUGAUAUCUCAUAAAAAUAGAAUUCUGAAUAGUUUAUUAUAGUAAUGAAAGCAUAUAAAAAUACAGCAGUUAUUUAAAAGAGAAUUAUGUUUGUAAAGUAGAUCUCGAACCACUGUACAUACGUACAUACAUAAAACGUUCAAGUUGUAAAAAUCUCAUUGUAAAUAAAUAUAGUUUUUAAAUAAAGUUU